AGUAGUAUCCAGCCAAUUCAUUCCUGCGAUGUAGACUUCGCACCAACCUUCCAUUUUUUACAUCAUUUUACUUCAAAAACUCACUCACUCACUCACCCUCUCACUCUCUCUCCACUAUCCAAUCCAUAGCACCGUCCUUUAUAUGAAGCUUAUUCUCUUCUUACUCAUAUUCAAUACCAACAACUAACAAAACAACAACCUCUUAAUUUCUCACUCACUCUUAUUUUCACAAUCAAUAAUGGACGAGUACUUGGCAAGACUAGGACCCACAGACCCCGGCGGUUCCUCCCGCCGCUCCACCGCUCCGCUUACCGGUUCAACAACGGUGGUUUCACCAAAUUCAAGCAGUACUAAAAAGAAGCUCGUCAUGCUUGCCGUUCUCGCUGCCAUAUUGAUUGUCGCCUCCGUCGUCUCCGCCGUACUAGUCACUGUCAUCCGCUCCCGCGGAGGCUCCUCCGCCGGCGAAAACUCAAACCUCCGCGGAAAGCCGACGCAGGCAAUCUCCCGAACCUGCAGCAGGACACGAUUCCCCACUCUCUGCAUCAACUCUCUCCUCGACUUCCCUGGCUCCACCACAGCCACCGAGCAGGACCUCGUCCACAUCUCCUUCAACAUGACCCACCACCACAUCAGCAGGGCGCUCUACACCUCCUCCGGCCUCUCAUUCCCCGCCUCCGCCGGAACCCGCGCCCGCGCCGCCUACGAAGAUUGCCUUGAGCUCCUCGACGACUCCAUGGACGCUCUCUCCCGCUCUCUCUCCUCCGUCGUCGCAGUCGCACCUACCAACGAUGAGAGAGACGGUGACGGAUCCUCCACCACCGACGAUGUGCUGACAUGGCUGAGCGCCGCAUUAACUAACCAGGACACGUGUUUGGAAGGCAUCGAAGACGCCAGCGGGAGCGUGAAGGACCACAUGGUGGGUAACUUGAAGGACUUGUCCGAACUCGUGAGUAAUUCUCUAGCUAUAUUCUCGGCGAGCGGGGGCGGCGAUUUCUCCGAGGUACCCAUACAGAACAAGAGAAGACGCUUAUUCACUCAUCUCGGGAACACUCAAAUCUCAGGAAAGUUCCCGAGAUGGGUGAAUAAACGAGAUAGAAGAUUGUUAAGUUUACCAAUAUCGGCGAUACAAGUCGAUAUAAUUGUGUCCAAAAGUGGUAACGGAACGGCCAAGACAAUCGCCGAGGCGAUCAAGAAGGCGCCGGAGCAUAGCCGCCGCCGAUUCAUAAUCUACGUGAUGGCAGGAAGGUAUGAAGAGAAUAACUUAAAGGUGGGGAAAAAGAAAACCAACCUUAUGUUCAUAGGGGAUGGGAAGGGCAAAACUGUCAUCACAGGGAAGAAAAAUGUUGUUGAUGGGAUGACCACUUUCCAUACCGCAUCCUUCGCUGCAAGUGGUGCUGGCUUCAUUGCACGAGACAUCACGUUCGAGAACUAUGCUGGACCGGCGAAGCACCAAGCGGUUGCGCUCCGUGUCGGAGCUGACCAUGCAGUGGUAUUCCGGUGCAACAUUGUGGGGUACCAAGACUCAUGCUAUGUACACUCCAACCGUCAAUUCUUCCGUGAAUGUGACAUUUAUGGCACGGUGGACUUCAUUUUCGGCAACGCCGCCGUGGUUUUCCAAAAAUGCAACAUUUACGCACGGAAGCCCAUGGCCCAACAAAAAAACACAAUCACGGCCCAAAACAGAAAAGACCCAAAUCAAAAUACGGGUAUUUCAAUCCACAACUGUCGGAUCCUACCCGCCCCGGAUCUCAACCCGGUAAAGGACCAGUUUCCCACAUACCUAGGUCGUCCUUGGAAAACAUACUCUAGAACGGUGUACAUGUUAUCCAACAUGAGUGAUCAUGUGCAUCCACGUGGAUGGCUAGAGUGGAAUGGAGACUUUGCUUUAGACACGUUGUAUUAUGGUGAGUACAUGAAUUAUGGACCCGGUGCUGCAAUCGGGCAACGGGUUAAAUGGCCCGGGUACCGGAUUAUUACUUCAACUGUUGAGGCUGAUAGGUUCACGGUGGCCCAAUUCAUAUCCGGAUCCUCAUGGUUACCGUCCACAGGAGUGGCCUAUUUGGCCGGGUUAUCCACAUAAAUUCCACUACUGCAAAUAUGCUAAGGGAUAUAUGCUUUGAUUGUCACAAAAGCAAACCACCCAAUUGGGGAAAUAGCUUCUAAUUUUAUAGUCUUGUUAUUUUGAUUUAAUAGUGCCAAAUUUGAGGCUAAAUUUUUUUCUUACAAAUGAUGCUAAUAAUAAAUAUAUAUUGUAAACAUGGCACUAUAUAAUAUAGCUGAAUAGCUCUUGUCCUUGUACUUUUUACCCUCUCAAGCCAAAGCUUCAGUGUUUAUUUAUUUAUUUAUAAACGAGUAUUUUAGGUGA